AUGAAUCCCAUAACAGCAUCCUUCCUCCUCUACUUCCUCUACCUCCUCCCCUUCGCCGCCACAGCCCCCGCCCCCCUCCCCCCCGCACCCCCCAACAGCCACAUCGAAAUCCAAAACGUAACCUACGGCGGCACCGGCUGCCCCUCCAACACCGUCGCCAGCAGCAUCUCGGACGACCGCACAACGCUCACGCUCGCCUUCAACGCCUACACCGUGCAGUCCGGCCCCGCGGUCCCCGCCUCCGAGCGCCGCAAGUUCUGCCAGCUGGCGCUGAACCUGCGGUAUCCCGGGGGUCUGCAGUACUCGCUGCUGGGCGCCGACUACCGCGGGUACGCGAGUCUGGAGGCGGGCGUGCAGGGGCGCGCGGUCGGGUCGUAUUAUUUCUCGGGGCAGGCGAGGGAGUCGUUCUUCGCGGCGAAUUUCUCGGGGCCCAUGGACGAGAAUUACGUGUUGCAUGAUACUGUGGAGUCGCUGACGAGGGUGUGGGCGCCGUGUGGCGAGCAGGGAUUGCUGAAUAUCAAGUCUGAGGUGAGGAUUGCGCCGAUGCGGACGAGGACUUUGAAUCUGCUUACUGUGGAUUCGUUGGAUGGGAAGUUUACGCAGAAGUUCGCGGUGCAAUGGCGGAAGUGCGAGGGCUGA